AUGUUAGGAAUCGCCGGCAGCGGAGCCGGAGGCAGCAGCAGCAGAGGAGGACCCAGAGGCAGCGGAGCCGGCGGCAGUGGCAGCAGCGGCAGCGGCGCCCUCGACAGCAGUGGCAUCAGUGCCCUCGGCAGCAGCGCCCUCGACAGCAGCGGCAGCGGCGGAAGGGAUGCCAGUGGUAGCGGCAACAGCGGCAGUGGCGGAGGAACCGGUGGCAGUGGCAGCAGUAAAGGAGCCGGCAACGGCGGCAUGAGCAGCACCAGCGCCGGCAUUGCCAGAGGCAGCAGCGGGGGAGGAAGCACCAGUGGUAGCGGUGGGAGCGGGGGAAGCAGUGAUGGCGGGGACAGCGGCAGCAGAGCUGGCGGAAGUGGCAUGAGCGGCGGCAGCGGCAGCACCUGGGGAAGCAGCAGUCGCAGGAGCGACACCCUGCGGUGUGCAAAGGGACCAGGCGCCCACGAGGAGUGA